GCUUCUGCGCAAGUUUCGGCUUGGGCUUGCGGUGGUUGAGGGUGGGGCUAGAGCACGUGGAGCUCCGACUCCGGAAAGGGAAGGGCGGAACUUUGUAGCUGGUAACCCAGCCCGUGACAGUAUUCCUUUGCCGGCACUUCUCUGUCCUAGACCUUUGUUUCCAUCCGGGCUCAGUUAUUGGACGGCUCAGCCGCCAUCGAGUCAUGGAUCCUGUGAGCCCCGGGCCCGGGGGGUUCUCAAGGUCUUUGGAGCAACCCGCAGGCUCGGACAAUCGGCUGUUUCUCGUGAAAGGUGGAAUUUUUCUUGGUACAGUUGCUGCUGCAGGAAUGGUGGCUGGUUUUGUUACAACUCUGUCACUGGCUAAAAGGAGAAGCCCUCAAUGGUUCAAUAAGGGAAUUACUGCCACCGCUGCUUUACCAGAGAGUGGUUCUUCACUUGCCCUACGAGCAUUGGGUUGGGGCUCUCUUUAUGCAUGGUGUGGAGUUGGUAUAAUCAGUUUUGCUGUCUGGAAAGUUUUAGGAGUUCACAGUAUGAAAGACUUUCAGAGUAAAAUGCAAUCAAUAUUUCCAAUGAUUCCCAAGAACCCUGGGUCAUCUGUUGAGUGGGAGGAAGCGCUGAAAUCCAAAUAAGAUGAGCAUGAAAGAAUUCCAAAAUGAUUGUUACAGGGAAAGUAGCUUGGAAAUGCCAAAAUAACCAUCUUCUUUGAAGGAAAAAGAUCAAAUUGAUUUCUACUCAGGAAAGUGAACAAAUCAUUGAUGGAACAUGGACUCUGGCUGUCAGCAUCUUCACUGAAGUCUGUGAAAACUCAAAGUCAUUCUGCAUUUGCUUUAUCUUGGAAAUGAAUGGGAAAGGGAAAUGUUUUCCAAGGUUUAGAAAGUUUUAGUAAAGAACGUUAGUCUAUAAGUAAAUAAACUUCCCUUUGUGGAUGAUAUACUAGUAUAGAAAAUUAGGUAUAUUUCUAUAAACUUUAAAAAUAAGUUUCUAAUUUGAAAAACCAAAUUUUAUCAUAAAUAUUCUAACAAAUAUUCUUUCUAAACCUUUGUGACUUCUCACUACCAGCUUAGAAGAUCAAGCUAAAAAUUAAAAGUAGUGCAUUUUUAGAAUUUAAAAAAUAACUAAAAUUUUUUGACUGUAAAUCCUCAAGAGCAAGGAACUGAACUGGCUUUUCUUGUUCUCUAUACCCCCAGAGCUUAGUACAAUGCCUGGCAUGUAGUAGAUGCUUAAUAAAUGCUAGUUAGCUAACAAAGCCAUAGCUAACAAUGAAGUAAUAGUGGCUCAAUCUUUUAAAAUAAAUGAAUUUAUUCCAAGAGCUUCCUGUGUUAUUGUGUGAUUAUCUGUCUUAGCUUGGCAUAUUAAGAGCCAGCUGAGCUGCCCAAACAUUUGCCUCUUGGCAUCAUAAUAUUGGAUCAUUUGUUUGAAAUGAUUUUUCAUUUGCUUUGUACCUUUUUGUUCACUCAUUCAAUGGCCCAGUUAAAGGCCAUUCGUUAUAUAUUUACAUGUCUUUAUACUUUGAGGGAGCAAGAAACCAGCAAUAGAUAAUAUAAUUUGAGAGUAAUUUGUUGUCUUUGACAUGCUGUCAUUGAUAUAAAGCAUAUGUUUGUGAGAUAAUUUUAUGCUAGAUUCCUUAACACUACCUGUUAGAUUAUAAUUUUACUUCACUCAUCAAAGUGAAAGCAACAUAAUGUUGAACCCACCCACCUAGCAAAUAUUUUUAACCAAAAACUCACAUGAUACUGAGUCCAACAUUUCAAUAUUUAGUAUAAUAAUUCUAAUGAAUUUUCUGUGAGUAAAUUUCUAAGUAAUGUGUCAUUAAGAAAACACUUUGUUCCUCUGUGGUCUCUUAUAGAAACUGAUGGAGAACAGUGCCUAAUUGCAAUCACUGAAUUUAUCAGACUUAAAAGUUUUAAAAAGAACAAGAAAAAAUAUUUUUAAUAUGUAAAUUUUCCAGAGAAAUAACAUCUGGUUGAAAAUGCAAUUGUAAAGGGUUUUUUUUUUUUAUGAUUGCUUAAGCUCUAAUUAGUCAGCUAUCAGGCCUAAUAAAGUACAUUUGAAAUUUAUUUGUUAUUAUGAAACCUUUUAGUUCUAAUAAAAAAUAAAAAAUUAAAUGUCAAGUGCAUAUUUUAGUAUUUGUCUCUGAACCAUGAUGCCAUACUCAAGUUGCUGAAUUGUGAUUAAAUUGGUUUAAUCAGUGUCUGGGUUUCAUAUGUAACAUUGCAAAAAUCUAAGAUUAAAAAGAAAUUAUAGUGAAAUUUAUAAGAUUACAUAUAUGUUGUCUCAAGAUUCAUCUCAUCUUUUGUUUUAAUUUAUAUAACAGGUGAGAAAAGGUGUGUAGCCGUGGAUGAAGACAGAUACAAAGGCCAGAAAAUAAUUCAUUGAUCUUUUUUUCUAGUGCAUGCAUCAGGGUUUUCAAUCAUGUGCGUCUAGGUCUAUGUGAAAAAGUGGAGUAAGCACUACAGAAAAUACCUGUAGCUAGAAUUUAAGAUUCUCGUUUAUCUUUACAUACAGAAUUACUUCACAGUGUGGGGUUUGGGGAGGGGAAAGAAGUCAAUAUUUUUAGGAGAAUAGAGUGAGAAUUAGUUAUUAAUCAUAGUUUGAAAUAAACUUAUAAAGCGUAAGCCCUUGAGUGCAGGGAAUAUCUUUUAUUCUUUUUAAAUCCCACUAUAGCACCUCCUUUAAUGUUAUGCAAGAUGUGUAAUGUAUAUCUUCUGUUAAUAGUGAUGACAACUAGCCUGGAAAACCUUGGAAUGUUUUGUGUUAAUUGGUAAAAUAAAUGGCAUAGUAGAUGCAGAAUAUUUUGCAAAUGCUUCUGCAUAAUGAACUUUAUUAAUACUUUUAUUGAGACAUAUUAAAAAUGAGCAUUAUAGAUUGAAGACAGUGGCCACUUACAAAAUAAAUAUGAUAUGGAGCUUGUUAGCCCAAACACCUGUGGGGGGCAGGAAGGGGGAGAAGCCUUAAAUAAUAAAUGCUUUCAAUGUUAAA